GGGCUGCGGGCGCUGUGCCGCCUGCGGGCGCGGGGGCUGCGCGGCGGGGCGGGGGCUGCGCGGGCGGCCGCACACCCCCGCACGGGAGCCGCCACCGGCUCCUGCCCGCCGCCUUUGUUCCGCCGAAGGUGCGAGGGGCCGUGCGGGCGGUUUUCCGAAGGGGCUGCUCGACCGCCGCCGGGGAAUCCAACGGCUGGACCCGGCUCCGUCCAAUUCCUCCCGGUUUUCCUUUGUUAGCGUUUUCCCGGGGAGUCCUGCAUCCUUCCGGCUUUGCCGAAAAGCAGGAGCUGUCAAGGAUGACUGGUUCACACGAUGCUUCUCCAGAGCGGCAUCGCUUUGUUUGCGCUCCCGUAAGCCAUUGAUCGCACAGCGGCCGGCGCGUUUUAGUGAGCGAUGAAAUAAACCUGCUGCUUUCCACGGCUGAAGGGCAGCGGCACAUCGUGCUCUUCCUCACCCUGCACCUUCACAGCCGGAGCAGGCAGUCUGGGAGAAGAAUGUUAACCACUGGUCCCUAGCAGUGUAUCCAGAUUUCUGAUCACUUAUAUCAAAGAAAAAUCCCCAUUUCAGAGAGGGUGCAAGACUGUGUGGAAGUGCCACACCGCAUCUUAAAAAAAGACAAGAAAAAAGCAGGCAAAUUCCAGCCUUUCAAGAAGCUCUUCAGCAAGAGGAAGAAAAGAGAGCCCAUUUCAGACUGCGAGGAAGCCAAACUGAAGCCCAGCCACUCCUUCGGCAACGUCUGCAAUGGCACCUUCUCCUCUGACGAAGAGCCAAACGGUGGUCUGAGGUCCUCCCAUUAUUCUAUGGGCAGUCGAGCUUUUUCCCAUGACAGUAUUUUUAUACCUGAUGGGAGAACAGAGAGUGAACAGGCCAUCCAAGCAAUGUCACAGGAGAACGUUUUAGGAAAAGUCAAAACUCUUCAGCAACAGUUGGCCAAGAAUAUAAAAUUUGGGCAGCCUCCGCAAAUGACAGUUUCUGUGAGGACCAUGGGGGAGGCAAACGGCAGUGUAGAAGAGGAUGUGUUGCUCAGUGGCCCCAUGGAGACUGAGACUCAACAGGACGCAGUGAUCUCAGACAGUAGCAAUAAAUCCACUGACUCUCCAGAUUUGUUGAGAACAAUGAAUUUGCCUGGAACAGGACAUGAAGUGGAAGAGAAGCAGGUCCCUCCAGUCAAAUCAUCUCGGCCUAAAAGACAAUUUUCCUGUUCUGGCACAAUUGAAACAAUCAAUUUGGAUGCAGUUCCCCAGGCUGUUGCUCGUCUAGACAACAGUGCAGCUAAACACAAGCUUUCAGUGAAGCCAAAAAAGCAGAGGAUGUCAAGAAAGCACAAGAGAUUAACAAAGGGAUCACAAAGUUUAACAAUAACAGAAUUUGAACCAGAGGACCUAGAAACUCAGCUGUAUGGAGACAUACACCCAGGUUAUAAUGGACACAUCAUAGCAGACAAGCUAAUCCAGAACAGAGAUGAGCAGAAGCAGCUUCAGCUGGCAGAGGAGAAAAGAAUUGAAGAUCACUGGGGGAUCUUGGAGGCUGAAAGGAUAAGACAGAUUGUAGAAAUGGAAGAACAAAGAGAAAUGGAAGAACAAAGAUCCCAAGAACUUGAGCAGAUGCAGAAAGAGCAGGAGAGACGGCGUGAAGAAGAGAGGAGGCAGUAUCUCCCUGAAGGAGAGAAAUCUUUGAAAAUAGAAGAGCAAACAUGCCAUAAAGAGGAGAGAAGACUGCUGGAGGCUGAAAAGAGGCAAGAGCUGAAGGAGCAGAGGCGCCAGGAACUGGAGAAGCAGAGGCAGAAGGAGUUGGAGGAACAACAGAGACAAGACCUGGAAAAGCAGAAGCGCCAGGUACAAGAGGAGCAACAGAGACGAGAGCUGGAGGAGCAGAGGCGCCAGGAACAGGAGGAGCAACAGAGACGAGAGCUGGAGGAGCAGAGGCGCCAGGAACAGGAGGAGCAACAGAGACGAGAGCUGGAGGAGCAGAGGCGCCAGGAACAGGAGGAGCAACAGAGACGAGAGCUGGAGGAGCAGAGGCACCAGGAACAGGAGGAGCAACAGAGACGAGAGCUGGAGGAGCAGAGGCGCCAGGAACAGGAGGAGCAACAGAGACGAGAGCUGGAGGAGCAGAGGCGCCAGGAACAGGAGGAGCAACAGAGACGAGAGCUGGAGGAGCAGAGGCGCCAGGAACAGGAGGAGCAACAGAGACGAGAGCUGGAGGAGCAGAGGCGCCAGGAACAGGAGGAGCAACAGAGACAACUGGAAGAGCAGACGCACCAGGAACAGGAAGAGCAGAGACGUCAGAAGUUGGAGGAGCAGAAGCAUCAGGAAUGCGAAGAACAGAGGCACAAGGAGCUGAAGGAGAAAAAGAGUCGAGAGCUGGAGGAGCCGAAGAGGCUAAAGCUGGAAGAAUUAAGGCAACGUGAUGUUGAAAAAUGGUGUCAAAAGGAAGAAGAAAUGAAUGGGCUGGUGGAACAAAAAGAACUUAAGGAACAAAAUAAGGAAGAAAAACAUAGACAAGAGCUAGAAGAGCUUCAAGAAGCUGAAAUAAAACUGAAGCAGGAGAAAGAAUCUGAGAGCCUCCAACAACAGAAGAAACAGGAGGAACAAAGGCAGCGUUUGAACGAGAAAGGAGAAAAGACAGAGCAGGAACAACCCCAGCAAGUAAUGGAUAAGAAAAAGAGAUGGGAAGAGCAGAGAAAACACAAGCUCACAAAACAAAUGCACUUGGAAAGUGCAGAUGGUGUGCAACAAGAUGAACUGAAGCAGCAAAAGGAACAAAAUGAACAAGAAUGGAACAAACUGGAAGAGCAGAAGCUAGACAUAGAGGGACAAAAUCUUCAGCAAAACCAACAAGAAAAAUCCCUGGAACAGCAACAGGACAAGGAUCAGUUGUGUUCAGGAGGGGCUGAUAGGCAUCCAGUAGAGGAGAAACUCCAAGGAGGAUCAAGAUCCCCAAAAAUGAGCCAGCCAGAAAAAGGAAAUAGAACAGCAGAAGAAGUUCUAGCCCAGAAACUGAAGAGAGAAGUUGAGGCUCAGGAACAAAAGCGAAUAGGGGAAGAACUUCGGUGGCAAGAGGUAGAUGAAAGACAAACUGCAUCCAGACCCUUCACAUUUCAAGUGUCUUCUGGAGAUAAACAGAUCAUAUUUCAGAAGGUGAAUCUGAGUCCGGUCAUGCCCGUCAAAGGAGCAGGACUCUCUUCUCCAUCCAUGAAAGACUGCAGGAUGCACACUGGCACCAAGGGUUCUCACACACUGCCGUCAUCUGUGUGUGUACCCCAUACAGCUAUUUUGGUUACCGGAGCACAGCUGUGUGGCACAGCAGUUAACUUGAACCAGAUAAAGGACACGGCUUGUAAAUCGUUACUUGGCUUAACAGAGGAAAGAAAAAAUUUGGAUAUUCCUUCACCAGAGAAGGCCCAGAAAAAGAAACAGGAUCCCAAACACAGUAGCAGUAAAAUGAAAUAUGCCCAAGAGGCACUGAACAACCAGGCCGUGCUAGCUGAGUGGGCCUCUAUCCGCUCCAGAAUCCUAAAGAACGCAGAAAACAGCAAAUAUAACGAGAGAGACCGAGUAAGUGUCUGCAGACACAGUGAUGACUGGACACCCCGAGGACGAAGUGCUCCCCACGGCAACUUGAGGAAAACCCUCUCUGCAAAUGCCAAGUUCUCCAUAACACCAGCAUGGCAGAAAUUUUCAGAAGCCUCAAGAAGCAAUUCAGAUGCUGAGAAUGUAAGCGCGGCAAAAGGCAAUGAAACAGUGGCUGUGGGGAGAAUCGCUGGCUCAUCUGCUGAUUCAAAGGAAGAUGUGACUUCCACUUUUAAGGAUAACUUAGCUGAAAGGGCUAAAGAGAAAAUGGAAACCCGUAGCGAAAUGACAGACAACACAGAAGGCUGCAAAUUUGCAAAAGACCUUCCAUCUUUCCUUGUUCCAAGUUUUCCUCAUUCUCCAAGUAAACAAUUACCCCAGCCAGAAUCUCCUGGUGCUCCGGAAAAUCAGCAGAAUAACAGCACAAAAAAAUCAGACAAACAAGCACCAAAUGGAGAAGAAAACGUUUCUCCUUUUGGGAUAAAGUUACGGAGGACAAACUACUCUUUACGUUUCCAUUACGAUCAACAGGCAGAGCAAAGGAAAAAGAAAAGAUACAGUGCAGGAGAUAGUUUUGAUGGCGUGCCAGACCCACUGGUGACAACAGAAGGUGAGAAAGAAUCCUCUGUUUUUGCUCCACAAGAAAGUACACCCCCUGGCAUGGGGAGAGCCAACAUCCCUGGCAAUUUCAAAGACUCAAAAGACUCUUCAGUUACUGUGGUGGAGAUUUCCCAACAAGCGGGCAUGCCAGUGGUCCUACCAGCCACCAGCCAGAGCGCUUUACCCCCUCAUGAAAAAUCAGCCUGCAAGUCACUGUUCCCACAGAAACCUGCUUUAGCUCCAAAGCCCACCAGCCAGACACCACCACCAUCUCCUCUCUCUAAAGUGAACAGAUCACACCUCGCCGAUAAGUUAGGGCAAAGGCUGGCGAAAGCUGAAUCAGAGGGUGGCUGGAGAAAAGAAGACAGAGUAAAUGCAGUGCACCCCACACCAUCCAAUGAGUACAAAAAUGAAGAGGAAGAAAUCAGAGAAAAGAAGUCGUUUUUCCCAUCUAUAAGUAUUCCGUGGAGAGAAAAAAAUGACAAAAAGCCUGAGCCACUGAAGAAAGAAAAGCCUGUCCUCCAGAGCAGGCAUUCUUUAGAUGGCUCUAAAUUGAUGGAAAAAGUCGAAACUUCACAACCGCUUUGGAUUACAUUAGCACUGCAAAAGCAAAAGGGAUUUCGAGAGCAGCAAGCUACAAGGGAAGAGCGGAGACAAGCCAGAGAGGCGAAGCAAGCAGAGAAGCUGGCGAAAGAAAAUGCUGCUGUAAGUAAUCAGUCAGAAAAUAAAAGCAGCAGCAGCAAAACAAGUACACUGCAGAAAUCUACAACUCAGGAAGGGGAGAAGAAAAUUGAGACCGCUGUUUCAAGACUGGAAAGAAGGGAGCAGCUGAAGAAGUCAAACACCCUUCCAACUUCUGUGACAGUGGAAAUUUCAGAUUCUGUUCCACCUGCCACACUGGCAAAAGAGGUGGCCAAGAGGUUCUCUACACCUGAUGCUAACCCUGUGUCAACGGAACCUGCCUGGCUUGCAUUAGCCAAAAGGAAAGCAAAAGCCUGGAGUGACUGUCCACAGAUCAUAAAGUAAACUGUAAACUUACAUCUCUAUUGCUAUUGAUUGCUUUCUUUUUAUUUAUUCAGCUUUUUACACAUGACAAAACUGAAAAUGCAUGUAUUGAAGGACUGAAAACUGAACUGAUUACCAUUUUGCUCUAGCUCACUGUAAAGUCUACUCAACUCAUAUACUCCAUUGCUUUGACAAACAGCUAAAUAAGGUCAUGGCAAAAAUUUCAGAGCCAGACUCUCAAAAACUUAAAAAUGCUCAGCUAUUGGACGAAAAUUUUAGCGAGUAUCAUAAUAAGGGCCAGAACUUCAGUUCAGAAGCUCCUUAAAUUCUGUGGGUAUUCGGUUCUGAAAUUUGAGAUCUCUACAGUUAAGUGGAGAUCUUUUUUUUUUUUUUUUUCUCCUCCAAUGCUACAUUGUUGAAAAUUAAAGGCAAGAUGCAUGUUCCCUUCUCUUCUACCUAAAUUUUUUUUAAGUGUUAAACUGUAUGAAAUGUCAGUUCUGUCUGCUCUUUGAAAGCUUCUUCCCUAAUGAAGAACUUCAGGAGAUAUCAUACUACCUGCAAAUGCUAAGUAGAAAGUUGGUACCAUCCAAGUAUUGAGAUAAUUUCUUUUAUCACAGGAUUAAUACAUUAUGUCUAUAUUCCCUUACUCCUCGGAAGAAAACAAUUGAUCCUACUUUUUUUUUUUUUU